AUGGAAUCCAUUAUUAACUGCCAGCUCAUGAGGUACCUUGAGGAUCACCAGCUGAUUAGUGACCGCCAAUACGGUUUUCGUCGGCGUCGAUCAGCUGGUGAUCUUCUGGUCUACCUGACCCAUAGAUGGGCGGAGGCAGUUGAGUCCAAGGGGGAGGCGUUGGCCGUUAGUCUGGACAUUGCGAAGGCCUUCGAUCGGGUUUGGCACAAAGCGCUUCUUUCGAAGCUCCCUUCCUAUGGGCUUCCCGAGAAAUUGUGCAAUUGGAUCACCAGCUUUCUUGCAGGUCGGAGCAUCAAGGUCGUUGUAGACGGUGCAUGUUCUGACUACAAGCCUAUUAACGCUGGUGUUCCACAAGGCUGUGUGCUAUCACCAACGCUGUUUCUUCUGCAUAUCAAUGAUAUGUUGCUAACUGGUAACAUUCAUUGCUAUGCGGAUGACAGCACUGGUGAUGCUCUAUACACCGGCCGGCCAAUAUUUCUCGGGAAAACGUCGCCGAGUACCGGAACAAACUUGUGUCUGAAGUCGAGUCUUUGCUGGACAAAGUCUCGGAUUGGGGGCGACUAA